AUGGUGUUCAUUCUACUCGACAUCCUAUUUAUUGUAAUGUUUCCAAUAGCUCAUCGGAAUUUUUCUGAUUGGAAAUAUGUUACGGCGAUGGCAAUGAUACCAUUUCUUUGGGGUGGAAUUAUUGUGAUUUGGGGAUUUCAAGGAGAAGACUACAGCUCUCUGCAUUUGUGCAGUUCAUUCAUGGCCCUUCAACGCCCGAUCCGGAAGGUGUUGGCUCCAGUUACAGUGGCUUCUAAUACUCUGAGUCUUUUGAUAUUUCUCAUUUUGAUUUUAGUAUUUAAGAAGAAAGGUUAUUCUGGUGAAGACUUGAGUAAUAUAAUUGGAAAUAUUAACAUGAAACUUCCGAUGACAAACAUCGAAAGAAUUCCAGAUCCUCCCAUAAGGAAAGAAGUAAUUCUCACUGUCUCGAUUCCAGUCCAUCCAUAUUGA